AUGGUGCCAAAUACUCCCUUUUUGGCUGCAUUCAGUUACACCCCCAGGGUUCGACCAGGGGCCGUACGAGCUCUCGCAGCACAAGUCCGCCACUACACCACGCCCAUCGACCCCUCGAUCCCGGAGUCGAAAAGAAAAUUCGUUCCAUGUUCGGGAGCAUACCCACUAGGUUUUCGUGUGUCAGGAACUCAUGUGGGAGUUAAAAAGUCCAAUAUUACCUUCCCAGAUCUGGCGAUUAUAUGCUCGGAAGAACCAUGUUCAGCGGCGGCAGUGUUCACAACAAAUAAAUUCCAGGCUGCACCUGUGCAAGUGAGUAAGCAAAUAAUCAAUGCGAGAUCAGGACGUGGGAUCCGCGCCGUUAUUGCAAAUUCCGGCUGCGCGAAUGCCGUUACGGGGAAAGGCGGUAUACAGGACGCGAAAUCCAUGAGUGCAAAGGUGGAUCAGUGCAUUGGGCUUAAAGCGACGGGCAAUGACGGUGAUUCAAGCACAUUGGUUAUGAGCACUGGCGUUAUUGGCCAGCGGUUACCUAUAGAAAAGAUUAUAUCCGGAAUUCCUACCGGUUACGCAAAUCUCUCCUCCACCCACACAGCCUGGCUAAAGACCGCCCGAGCGAUCUGCACUACGGAUACUUUCCCCAAACUCCUUUCCCGAUCCUUCACCCUACCCUCUUCUCCUGACCGCACGUACCAUAUAGCAGGAAUGACCAAAGGCGCCGGGAUGAUCCAUCCCAACAUGGCCACCCUCCUGGGUAUAAUCUGCACAGAUGCACCAAUCGAGGCCCCGGCCCUCCAAUCCCUACUCGCACAUUCCGUCUCCCGUUCAUUCAACUCCAUCUCCGUCGACGGCGACACCAGCACCAAUGACACCAUAGCCGUCCUAGCCAAUGGUGUCGCCGGCGGAAAGCCAAUCUCUUCUCCUGAAUCCCCAGAAUACACCGCCAUGCAGUCAAUCCUGACCAGCUUCACCCAAUCACUCGCACAGCUAGUCGUCCGCGACGGUGAAGGAGCCACCAAAUUCGUCACUGUGCGCGUGCGAAACUCUCCUUCACACUCUGACGCCAAACUCAUCGCAUCAACCAUCGCCAGAUCUCCGCUUGUCAAAACAGCGCUGUACGGAAAGGACGCAAAUUGGGGUCGGAUCCUGUGCGCUGUCGGCUAUACCCAGGGCAUCAGCCCUGGCACCAUCAUACCCGAGCGCACGAGCGUUAGCUUCAAGCCUGUCGACGGAAGCCCCGAGCUGAAGUUGCUAGUGAACGGGGAGCCAGAAGCUGUGGAUGAGGAGAGGGCAUCUGCGAUCCUACAAAAUGAAGACUUGGAAAUCGUUGUGGACCUGGGUGGUGGGGAUAAAGGCGAGGCAGGCAAAGGCGGAGAAGAUGGUGUAUUCUGGUUCUGCGAUUUCAGUCACGAAUAUGUUACUAUUAAUGGGGAUUAUCGAACGUAA